AUGAAUACCUUUAAUCUUUCGUUGCAGAAAAUUAACUCGCUACUUCUUCCAACGGAAAUGGAAGAUUCAAGAUUCAUGAAUUAUGAUCAGAUGAGCACACUCUAUGACACUAUUGAAAGCUUCAGUGUUGAUUCGUUGUCCUCUCAAAGCUAUACAGAAAACAUGACGUCUGUCGACCAAUCUUUUCAUAAAACAUGCACAACAAAUAAGAAGCAUUCUUCAACCCCAAAACCCCUUAUUGCUACUAAUCUUCCUUCAUCCAACACUUUCACCAUAUCUUUUGGCGAUCUAAAAUCUACAAAUAAGAUCAUCCAGAUUAACGAUUCACUUGGGUAUGAAUCUACUAGCGCUACAAAGAUUCCAACGAUUGCCCGGAAUCUGAUUCAGGCACAAGAUCAUGUUUUGGCAGAGAGGAAAAGAAGAGAGAAGUUGAAUAAACACUUCAUUUCUUUAUCUUCGCUACUCCCAAGCCUUAAGAAGAUGGAUAAGGCAUCCGUGCUAGAAGAUGCAUCCAAUUACAUAAAAGAACUUCAAGGUCGGGUGAAGGAAUUGGAGGGAUUAUCAGGCCCUAAGAGAAAGAAUGUUCAAUCAUCUGUUAUAUCCAUGAAAAGAUCUAGGCUUAGUACUAGUGAUGAUGAAUACUACUCCACUGAUGACACGAAUUCCUGUGAUAAUACUAAUCCUUUCAAAUUAUCUCCUGAGAUUGAAGUUCGGAUAUCAGGAAGCAGUGUUCUUGUAAAAAUUGAGUGCGAAAAAAACUUCUCUUCCUUUGUGAAAGCAUUAAACCAGAUGCAGAAGCUUGGAUUGACGACCAUCAGUAGCAGUGCCAUGCCGUUUGCUAAGACCAGACUUCUAAUCAAUAUUGUUUCUCAGAUUGAGGAUGGCUUUUGCAUAACGCCAACAGACCUUGUAAAGCACCUGCAACUAGCUAUAUGAACACUGAUGAAAUGCAUUUAAAAGUUCAAAAUUUCCAUGUAGUUGUGGUGGUUAAUUAGUCGGUUUCCUGUUUUCCAUUUAUAGUUCAGAAGGAGGAGCUUUAUGCCAAUCAACAGAGACCAUUCAUCCCCAUUGUUGGGUUUUUCAAGUACUCCUGAAGAAUUAAUAGCAGCCCGUACCUUGAAAUGUAUGACAGUUUUUCGUGGAUUGUUUCCUCUUGUUGAUAGGUCGAAGCUAGGUUUCGUGAGUUUUCACAAUGGGUUUUUGUUAUCUUAUUUCGUGGUUUAGGU